AUGGGUGGAAUAUUUGACGCCUUUGAAGUCUACAACAAGAAUAAACACUCCUCGAACCAACGCAUGUUUGGAGGUGCGUCCAACACGGGCGGUACCAAAACAGAUUACGUGUAUUCAAGCGAAUACCAUGCCCCAAAAAACAAGAAGCUGGAUAAGAACGAGCUCUUAGGCCCUGCCUCUGAUGCUUCCAAGCUGGACGCCAAAGCUUUACAGGAGACAGCUGGAGUGCCCCACAUGGUCGAUGUGUCAAAAAUGUCCCAGGGCGAACUUAACGAACUAAUGAAGUCGCUCCGCAAGGGCGAACCCAACAACCGGGUGAACUUUUGA